AUGGAAGAGUGUAAUGCAGUUCAGACGCCAAUGGAGUUUGGUCUGAUAGUUUCAAAAGCCGAAGAAGAAAGAAGCAUCGAUGAAACGAAUUAUAGGCGGAAGAUUGGUUGCUUACGGUAUCUCUUGCACAUGCGUCCUGACCUUGCGUUCAGCGUAGGGCUAUUAUCAAGGUAUAUGCAUAACCCUAAAACCUCUCAUGGAGUAGCAUUAAAGCAAGUCUUGCGGUACCUAAGGGGCACAACGAAGCUCGGCCUUGUGUACAAGCGUGCAAACACAAUAGAGAUAAAAGGAUAUAGUGACUCAAGUCAUAACAUAGAUGAUGAUGACGGUAGGAGCACCACAUGUCAUAUAUUCUAUUUGAAUGAUUGUCUAAUCACUUGGUGCUCUCAGAAGCAAGAAACCGUGGCUCUAUCAUCUUGUGAAGCAGAAUUUAUGGCUGCAACCGAAGCUGCGAAGCAAGCCAUAUGGCUACAAGAAUUCCUGGAGGAGAUCACCGAGAAGCCAAGUCGGAAAGUGGUCAUUCGCAUGGACAACAAGUCAGCUAUAGCUCUUACUAAGAAUUCAGUCUUUCAUGGCCGUAGUCACUUUGCAGCCGUGUGCCCUGAUAGACUACUCAAACUACAAGAGACAACCGAGAAUAAAGAAGGAGAAGAAACACAAGAAGCCGAGGGACUCAUGAUGCAUGAGAUUUCGAAUCCAACACUGAUGGAGACAAGAUAUGGUAUUUAG